GGGAGGUAACCACCGGCCCCAAAGAGUGCACAGAUGCUCUGUGCGGGGUCGGCUAGUAUGCACUGAUCCUCCUAGGACUAGUAGUGAUCAAAAUACAGAGCAGUGCAGAUGCCCUUUACAUGCUACCAGGGCUGCAUUGGAAGCCACUUUUCCAUGAAUAAGUCCUGUGCAGCUGGGUAAGAUUUAAAUGACUCAAUUAAUUGAGUAACUAAUUGAGUUACAGUGAUCAAAAAGGUCCCCACUACAUAACUGGCAUCCCACUGGGAGGCAAGUGGCCAAUUUUGUGGAACAGACAGACCCACAUGAUUGGCCCUUGCCCAUGGUUAUGUAAAUUCCAUGUUGGAACUGCUCUGGGGAAAAUGGCUCUCAUGUAGCUUGAGUAAAAUGUAAAGGGUGCCAAAGUCCUUAUGUGGCUUGUGUGGAUCAGGCACACUGAUUCAGUGCACAGCUUAAACUUGCAGGACCUUCCUUGGAGGCAAUCUUCUUAUGAUGCUAAACACAGUAUGAAUAUAUAAUAUUACAAAAAGUCAAUUGAUGGUUAAUAAUAUACUUUAACAUUUACAUAGCACAUUUCAGUUAUUCAAAACUCUUUGUAUGCAUUAUAGCUACCCAGCUGUGUAAAGUAUGCCUGUAUUUGUCACAUAUCGCAGAUGAGGGAUGGGCCGAACCUAAGAAAAUUGUGACUUUCCAAAAACUAUCUAGAGUAUAUACAAGUGAAGCAUUAAAACAGAAGCCAGAGCAGUUUUUUCCUCCACAAACUGAGCCCGGUUUUCUUCUGCCUUCGCAAAGGACCUUGUAAACCGCCCAGAGACGCUCGGUUAGUGAGCAGGACACCAACCCAGCUGCAAACCUGGAGGAAACAGAGGACAAUGAAGAGUUCCUGGAGCAGCUCAUGUCCUUGACCUCACGCAGCUUGCUCCAGCUGGAGGUAGAGGAGAGAUACAGCAUCGCCAAGGAGUUGGGUAGCGGCUCCUAUGGACACGUUUUGAAGGUCCAGCAUCAUGAGAAAGGGACCCCAGUGGCACUAAAGAUGAUGUCUAAGGAGCGGACAGGAAGACGGGAGUUCCUGCAGGAGUACUGCAUUGCCCUCUGCCUCUCCUCACAUCAUGCUCUCAUCCAUACUACUGGCAUUGCUUUUGAGACAUCCACCCAUUAUGGCUUUGCACAGGAGCUGGCACCAGCUGGAGAUCUCUGUGCGAUCCUCAUCUCAGGGGAAGGCCUUCCUGAGGCUCAGGUGAAGCGGUGUGCAUCCCAGCUGGCUGAGGCACUUGAUUUCAUGCAUGGCCAGGGCUUAGUGCAUCGAGAUAUAAAGCUGGACAAUGUGCUGCUCUUUGACAGCGAAUGCCAUCAUGUGAAGCUGGGAGACUUUGGCCUGACACGGCUGGAAGGCACAAGAGUGGCUGCCAUGUCUGGCACCCUGCCCUAUUCACCACCGGAGCUGUGCCUCCUGGAGGGCACCGAGACUCUGGCUCUGGACUCUAGCCUGGAUGUCUGGGCCUUUGGGGUGCUGCUGUUCUGCCUCUGCACAGGCUGCUUCCCUUGGGAUGUGGCCAUGAGCCCUGACCCUCAGUAUGAAGAAUUUGGCAUUUGGCAGAACCGCACAGUGCCAGGGGAGGUGCCGGGCCUGUGGAAAGGCUUCACCGCCCAUGUCUUGGACAUGUUUCGCCGCCUAAUGGCCAUUGACCCUGAUCGCCGCAGUCCUGCUAUUGAAGUGCACAAGUACUUGCUCCUGCCUUGGCGGGUAGACAGCCAUGGAGGAACACAGAGUUCCCAUGGUAACCCCCUGAAGGUAACAGAUUCCGGUGCCUGCCUCAGGGUCACCCCUGGGGACAAUACUGACUUGGGCAUCAGCCUCAAGGAGAAUAGUUGUGGGCAAAUACAACCUGAACUGAUCAUCCCUGAGAAAAAAACCCAUGCCAUACAGGUGGGUCCCAGCUCUGGAAGCAACUCCAGGCCACAGGAAAGCUCAAAGCUAACAGGGGCUGGACUCCAGCCCUGAAGGAGGUCUCAACUCAAAAGAUCAUCCCCUUCCAUAAAUAGGACAAAAUGAGUUGAAAGGACCACGUUAGGGGCCCGAUUUGAUGUAACAUAACAAGAAUUGCAUGGUUCCCCUUCUCUUCCUCCCUCGCAUGGAAGAGGAAGAGAUUCUGCUUUCACUUGCAGAACUAGCCACAGUUUCAUGAUAUAUAUACAAAUUCGGGGAACUGCGUUUUGUUAACUUAGAGUUAGCACAAGCCUGGAUAUCAAGCCAGAUUGUUACAGAUUUCUAUUUUGCAUUUAUAUAGCACUUUUCAGGCAAACCUCCUAAAGCGGUUUACAAUGAACUUAAAAAGAACACUAUAUCAAGCCACACGUUUACAUCUUUACCUGGGCCUUAGUCUCUCUCCUUUCUUCUCCCCUCCCCUCAGAGCUAAUGAUCCCUGAUCACUCUGUGGUGGCAGUUGGGGGAAGGAGGGACCCCCAGUGCUGGAACAAAGGAGCUGGAUGGUGGCAGCUCCCCAACCUGUCUCUCCCUCUCUAUGCUCUCCUCCCCUCAGAGCAAGAUGGUCCCUGGUCGCUCUGUGGUGGCAGUUGUGGGAGGGAUAUCCAGAUUAGGUUUGAUAUCCAGAGAUUAGAUUUGUUCUAACUCAUUAACUUGCUGCAUUCCCUAAGUUCAUAUGUAAUGUGGACCUGUACUUUGUUUUAAAAUAAAAGCAAAAGAUUUCAUCCUCCUCCUUCUGCAUGCAAGAGAGGCAGAAAAGGAAGAAAACCCGUGGCUCCCUUAGGCUCAUUCAUAUAGUGUUAAAUCAUGGUUUAGUGUUAUGUCUUAACCAGGCUAGGGAGGGCGAGGAGGACUUCAUUGUUUAACCAACUCAGGAGGUGUUUUCAGGGGUAUUAGCACCACCUUCCUUCUCUCUGACUGCUGGUAAUCGAAUAAAUCAGGGUUGGCAGAAGGAUCAGCCAGCUUGAGGGCCCAGAGCCAUUCAAGAGCCAAUAGCUGAUCCCUGAGGCCCUGAUGGGGGGAAAAUAGUGGCUGCCAGCAUGGCUGCCAAGGUAAAUCUCUCUCAAACUCAUGUGGGGCUUUACCUUAGUGUUGGCAGCUUCAAACACUUGUUGGCUGCCAUCUUUCUUUAACUCUAACGCAAUGCCCCACCCCCACUAUUACAUCCAGUGACACAACAGUAGGGGCAUUGCAUGACACUAUAAAAAGGAGGCACCUCCCACACCACUAAUGGGGCUGCCAGGGUCCCACCCUGACACUUCUCAAUUCCAGGGAGGUGACUUGUUUUUAUUGUUCUAUGACAGUUUAGUCUCCAGGUUCUGGGGAUUCAUUCAGCUUUUACUUUCCCUCGCUGCCACCAUAUAAAUUCUUGUUACCCUGCUCUCGGUACUCAACACCUUUGGCUGCUUAGCCUCGCGAGCGCAGGACAGGCAUAUAUGUUCAGGUUAUAAAAUGAAACAAAACUUGAGAUAUAAAAUGAAAACAAGACUAAGUUUAUUAUUUACUAAUUAGAAUAAAGAUCUCUGCAAAGCAGGGCACACAAACUUCUCUACCAAGUUUACUAGGUAUAUCAGCUGUUCUGGAUAAAAUGUAACAUAUAGGGAGGUGAGAUAACUGGGACAGAGGAAAUUAAAUUUGGGAUUGUAAACUUAGUGAAUUCCUCCAGACCUUCUUGUCUGUUACUAGGAGCUGCCCAGAAUACUGCUGGUUCUCCAGCUUCCACACAUUCACCCUUCAAGUUCCAUAUCUGCCUUUUAAAAAGAUCCCUCCCUCUCUGAACCUUCUGUGCCUGGUUACUAGGGUAACCCACAUGCACUCACUCACCAGCUCUUAUAUAUGUCUCAUCACAGUGGCCCACAAAGGCACUUGGUUGAGGGCCCUCAUGACCUGGCACUGGCACUGGACGGAGUAGGACAAGCCACUGAGACUGGCUCCCUGACUAGAGGAUUGGUUCACAGUUGGGCAUUAGUGAUAUCAAUACAAACUUCCAUCCUAGUAAUCCAAGAGGAAAAUCUUUACAAAAGAUCAGGCUUCAUGCUUUUUAUAUUUAGCAGGGCUGGUCUAGUCCUUUAGUAAUAAAGGUGGACCACAACACAUGAAUUUGUAAAUGUGAUGGUUGGUGUAGAAAAUUUUGAAGGGUUUGUUAUAAUAGCAAAUAGCACAGGACUUUGUAUAUAACAGAAUUAUUUUUUGUUGUUGACAUUAUUAUACUAAAGUUGAUAAUAAUAAUAAAGGAUAUGAAAAGGAUAGGCCAUCAAAGCUCACAGAACAUUUUAAUAUAUUUCCCCUGGAGUCCUGGGAAUGGCACAGAUACUUCUGGGAAUUGUAGUUUCCCCCCUAGAGCCACAGCAAUGGUCACAGCCCUGGAAAAGACUAUAAUUCCCAGCUGCAACCACUCUGUUCCCAGGUCUUUAUAUAAAUGAAAAAUUUAAAAAUGGAAACUGAUGACCCGCUAUUUCCUUGCCACCAGAAGUCUGCCAGCCUGUCUCCUGACUGGUCUGGUAAGUACCUUUAGUUGUUGAGAGGGUGGAAUGGGGGAUAGGCCAAAGCAAAGCUUCGGAGACCAUUUUUAUUGAUCCCAAUCCACUUUGAUUUGAGCCAAAUUGGAUAGUGUUUAGAGCAGUUCAGAUCAAUCCAGGCCAAAUAUGAUUGGCUUUAAUCAUAAAAGUUCUAAAGCUUCAUAUAGCUGUUGUAUUCACAGACUAGCUUUCCUAAAAAGGAAGUACUCAGGCUGUAUUGGGUGUUUUAAGAUUUGGACCUUACUGCUUUUUAAUUAAAAAUAUUGUGUUAAAAAUCCUGGAUGCAAAAUUAAUUCUCGUUUCUUUCUGUGCCUUGUGUUUGAAAUGGCCUUUAUUUUCAUUUUAGUUGUAUUUAUUUUUUUCUGAUGCUGUGAAAAGUAAAACAACAAAAAACCUUUUUAUUUCCUGGAAAAUAAAGUACAAAUGAAAAAGA